AUGUUGAACAUUGCGAGCGAGAAAUUCGAGCAUGCUCAUACGAAUUACCUGCAACUGAACAUCAAAGUCGUGUGGCUGUCUCCCAUCGCUAUCAGUUCCGAAUCUACUUCGAGGCAGCGAUCAUUGUCCCUGUGUAUGCUAGCUAUGAGCGAGCUGCGCAAGUCGUACAUCUCGGCAACUGCCGCAUACAAACUAUUCGAGGCGGCGAUUAAAAAGAUUGAUGGGACAAGAGGUUCACGGAGGCCUACUCACCAACCACAAGGUGACGCUGUCAUUGUCGACCUCGUCGCGCAGGAACAGGCUCCUCUUUCACCACGGGAGAGCUGGCCCGAGGGCUACUCUGCCUUGUCAGCCAACGUCAUCUCAGACGCGUGGAUGUGGCCCAAUAUGCUUGGUUCUCAAAAUGAAUCCUGGCUGGACAGCCAAGAUCUUGUUGGGCUGUAUGAGCCUGGGGACUUCACACAGGCUCUAGACGGAUGGACAUGA